AUGGGACGAUUUGUUGAAAUUGGGCGAAUGGAGGUUCUAGAAAAGGGGAAGCUCAGCUUGGUCAUCUUUCGACAAACUGCUACAUUCGCUUCUUUCGAUCUGGAGGUAACAUGUAACUUGGGGCCAAAGGUCAUUGGCGACGUGUUGGCCUUAUUCGACCCCUACCACACAGCGUACUAUGUCUCAGAAAUUGACAAAGCUCUCAUGACUCUUGGCAAAGGUGCCCAUAUUAGGAAAAUUGUUGUCGGGUAUGAACGGAGGAGUAGCACUGGACUCAAGGUCCGAUUUAGUCCUUUCAGAUCGAAAUUUGAUCCAAAUGUAGUUUAUCUGUUAGUUGGCUGUCUGGGAGGUCUGAGACUGGAAAUUGAAACAAGAACACGGAAGCUUUUCUCAGCCAGCUUCGACCUUCAAGGCGUCAGUACUCAAAUCGUCCAGGGUGAUGAUGUUGCAUCGUUAGCGGAUGUCAAAUCGGCAGUCAGCAGUACUGAUCUACCAAUCAAGGUUGUCAUACAAGGAGCUUUAACACUUCAUGAUAGACUUUUCAGUUCCAUGACCCUUGAUCAAUUCGGGUCCACAGAACGCCCUCGAGUAAUUGGCACUCUAAAUCUUCACGAGGCCCUGAAAAUUCACCGUUGGACUUCUUUCAAAUGUGGAGUACAUGGACAACAAAGCUUGGGAUUGCCUGCUACUUCCUUAUCGCUUAGCCAAGUUCUUGGGAUCGGAAUCGUCAGUUAUAUGCCCGAAUACCAGCAAGCUAUGAUACGUAAGGGCUUUUAUGGUAACGAAGAGGAUGAUUUCUUGCAAUAUUGCGAUGCUGGAAUUGGUCCUGCGUCGCAAACAACAGCGUACGAAUUUGAUCCCCUAGCUCAAGGACAUCUUCUUGUGGGAAUCAAACCUGCAGGGCUACAAGAAAUCAAUUGA